AUCUUAACUAACUCCUGCAACAGUUUAUCAAACAUUUCCUCUCAGGCUUGUUUCCAACGACAUUUAGACUGCACAGCUUGGAACCGUGAACACAUUUAAGGAUUAAAAACAACCGACACAAGAAGAACAUUCAGCGCUUUUAAAGAGUCCCGGUCAGAAAUAGGAGGAUGAAGUUAUCAUACACAGUUUAUCUCCUGCUGAAUUUUUUAUCAUUGUACGACUGUAAUGAUUCAGCGCAGGGUUGUAUGGAUAAGCAUCGAGUGAUGGGGAUGCUGCGUCAAAUGGAGAAGUUUCUUAAAGGACAGGAGAUCCGAUUCACCGAAGGGCUUCGGAUUAUUAAAUCAAAACUCACAAACCUUCAAAACUCAGUGUCCAAGCCCCCACAAGCAGACCAGUCCUCGUCUCAAUCCUCAUGUCCACCUCUGUUGGCUCCGGCCCAUGGGAGGAAGUUUGGCUCAAAGUACCUGGUGGGUCAUGAGGUCCAUUUCACCUGUUCUCAGGGUUAUCGCAUGAUAGGACCGGGAACACGCGUGUGCCAUGAGAACGGUACCUGGAGCGGAGUCAGUGUCGUCUGUAAAGAUGUGAGCGUGUGCGCCAGUGGCCCGUGUCAGAACGGCGGCACCUGUGUGGAGGCUCUGAACCAGUUCAAGUGCGCCUGUCCAAACAACUGGAGCGGGAGUCAGUGUCAAUACCAGACGCAGACAGCGCCUCCGGAGUGGAGCGUCAUGAAUGACCCAGCCUUCAGCCGAAAGCCCCGCUGUGCCAAAGUGGAGCGAGCUCAACACUGCAGCUGUGACGCAGGCUUCCACAUGAGCGGCACCUCAGACAACAGCAUCUGUCAGGAUGUGAAUGAAUGUGAGGUGUAUAAGACUGAGCGUGGAGGGCCUCUGUGUGGUCACGCCUGUGUAAACGUCCCGGGAUCCUACCAUUGUUCCUGUCCCACCGGAUACAAGCUGCUCGCUGAUGGAAGAAGCUGUGAGGAUGUGGAUGAAUGUCUUACACAACAGCACAACUGCAGUCAUGGCACCACCUGUAUCAACAGCGGAGGAGGUUUCCAGUGUGUUAACCCAGAGUGUCCACCCUCGAACGGCAACAUCAGCUACGUGAAAACAUCACCUUUACAGUGUGAAAGGAAUCCCUGUCCCAUGGAGAGCCGCUCAUGUCCGUUUGCCGCUAAGACCAUUUCUUACCACUACCUGUCUCUGCCGUCCAACCUGCGCACCCCGGCCACGCUGUUCCGCAUGGCCACUGCGACGGCUCCGGGUCGGCCGGGUCCAGACAGCCUUCGCUUUGGCAUCGCAGGCGGAGGUGACGCCCGCAGCAUGUUCGUGAUGCAGCGCUCAGACCGUCAGACCGGAGAGCUGAUCCUGGUCCAGCCGCUGCGAGGCCCGCAGGAGCUCAGCGUGGAGGUGGAGAUGUCCGAAUACGCCGACCGCACUUUCCAAGCCAAAUAUCUGGCACGGGUCAACCUUCUGAUUUCACCCUACGAGUUCUGAAGAGGCUGGCCGCUGUCUAGAUUGAGUGUUGAUGAUGAGACUUUUGUUACUAAAGCUGAAUGAUGGAGUUGUUCUCAGAUGCGACUCGAUAUUGAUGCUGGAAUAGCACAAAACUGAAAGAUAUAGAAAGUACAGUGAAAGUCAUGCUUAGAUGGAAGUGAAAUUAUGACCUUUAAGGUAUUUUUUUUUAUAUAAUGAAAAAUCAUAUAAAAUGCUUUUGCUUUACCUUUUAAUACAUAUCAUGGUUAAAGGUUAAGUGUGUAUUUUUUCUUGUCAAAGUUAAAUAUACUUUUGUGCUGGAUAUCUGUUUUUAAAAUCAAAUGCAAGACGUUUAAAGAUAUUUUAAGACCUGCACAAAUAAAAUGAAUACUGUUAAUGUCCAAACACAACAAACCACAAAUUAUUUUACUAAUUGAAGCACUCUCGUAUUUAAUUCAUUUAUAUCAAUUUUUCCAUCCUAGAAUUUAAGACCUUUUAAAAUGAUAAUUAUGACUUUUGUUAUACCAUUUUUUAACCUUAUAUUUGAUAAAUAAAUAAAAAAGAUCACAAUAUUACACACUUGACCUUCCAUAAACCAUUUCACAAAUAUCAUUUCUAAUUUCUCUAACACAUCUCAGAUUGAUAAAGGUUGAUGCAAGUGGGAAAAAGUCAAUAAAGCGUAAAGCCUAAUGUAAGUGAAAGAAAAAACAAGUGAUAUAAAGUGAUUAAAUACAAAGCGAGCUUUAUAAUUGGUUUGUUCAAUCAGUAAGGAAACGAAGAUGGGAUUGUGUUUAAGAGCCAAAGAAAGAAAGACACAAACAUCUGCUAAACCUGAUGAACAGAACAAUAAGUCAUUCCUUCUUUUUAACUCCUUCUGCUUCAGUACAUGGUUAAUUUAAAUUUGUAUUUAUGCACUACUGUCUUUUUAAAUAACUUACUUUAGGCUUGUUUAAUGUUUUCUAAUAAGAACAACGAAGUCUGAACGUUGCGUUUUUUAGUAACUAUGCAUUUGAAUAUAAUAUAUUUCUACAGUAUUUGCAUCUGUUGCUCAUGUUAUAUCAGGUUUGGGAUCAAAUACUCAAAUCAAUGGCUGUUUCCCACAUUAUUGCUUUUAAUUGCUUACUUGCACACACAUUGAACGUUUCUUAAUUAAAGUGAGAAAUUAA